AUUAUUGGAAAGCCAACAUUAGCUUCAAUUUAUCACUUUAUCCACUUCCACUUCCACUCCCACUUCACCGCCAUGAGCAUAGCUUCAAAGCUUCUCCAUCCUCCCCCAACUAUUCCCUACACGCCCCCCCGCCCAUUUCUCUCUCAUUCCCUUCAUCGACCCACCGCAACCCGCCUCGGAAGAGCAUUCCCACUUCCCGGAGUGGCCUCCGUCCCGUAUCAACCGAUCAAUGUCGAUUAUUUGGAAGAUGAAUUCAACGGCCAAGGACAUGGAGUAACAUUCGAAGGAAUCGGCGAUGAAUGCCUUGCGAAAUUGCGGUUAGAAAACGGUGGUUCUGCGAUUCUUAUGUUCCCCAGUGGAUUAAUUACCUCCUACAAAUCUCCGAUGUGGCAUGGAGGAUCGGUAGAGCUGCUUCAUUCUUCGGUAUCCGAGGAUAAAAAUGGGGAUGUUGUUGUUCAAGGAGGCGUGUCCGUAGCCCUAGACUGUGGGAGUCAUCGAUUGGAGAAUGUUUCUUGGGAUCUUCAUAAUGUUAAAGGAAAUCCUCGGGAAUCGAUUCAGGUUGAGCUGAUAAGCAGAGGUUUAGAAGGCAAGGUAGAGUUGAAAUACACAGUAACUCUUGGAGAAGAUGUGUUAACAUCAGAACUAACAGUGUGCAACAAUAAACAAACAUCUCUUGAAUUGAAGGGCUAUAUUUUGAGUCAUUUGACUUUGAGUACUCCUGAGGCAACUUUUGCUAUUGGAUUGGAAGGUUCAAACUUCCAUAGCAUUCCACCAUUUUCAUCAAAUCAUGCCAUUAUUCCUCCAGAUUGUAGCUCUGGGUUGACUCAAAGACUCCAAGGGAUUGUUUCUGGUUGGGGAAAAAGCAGUCAAAGAGAGAGUGGAGAGGAGAUUGAGGGUGAAGAGAUGGACAACUACAAGCAAUUGGUGGACAAAAUUAGUAGAAUCUACACUAGUGCUCCCAGGAACUUCACAAUCAUAGACAGGGGAAGGAGAAACUCUGUGGUGAUAGGGAGAGAUGGAUUUGAUGAAGUGUACAUGUUUAGUCCAGGAUCAAAUCAUGUGUACUAUGGAGAAUAUUCAUAUGUAUGCAUUGGCCAAUCAGCCAUCCUCAAACCAAUACUCUUGGAACCUCAACAACUAUGGACAGGAUCUCAAUAUUUGUAUAAUCCAAAUCUCUAGUCCUUUUAUCAUCUUCUUCUCCAUUACCUUCACUUUCAGUGUAAAAAGUUCCAAGGAUGGAUCUCCAUACAUCUGCUUUUUUUUUUUUUGUUUUUCUAAUUUUGAGUUUAAUUCAUCAUGGUCUAAUGCUAUAAACUAUCCUUGCAGUCCGAUGGUUGUUGUAAUCAUAGUAUUAAAUCUUCAUCA